UAGAUCUUAGGACAUAUCGAAACCUAACGCAUUAAAUAAAUGUUUUAUUAAAACCUUUUUAGUUUAAUUAAAGUAAUGGCAACAUUAUAUGAGCUUUGAUGUGGGUAUAUUGUUUAUUACUGUUCCUCUACAAAACUUACAGGAAACAACUUUUAAUAAACAGAGCUUUAGAAAUGCAUCAUUUUCUUAUACUCUUGCUUGCCUAUCCGUGCAUGUGUUCUGAGUUAGUGACUCAAAGUGAAUCAAAACCACCCAUAUCUAAUUCGUCGGAGGAAAAGAACAUUGUAAUCAAUCCAACAUACUGCAAUGCUGAUUGGUGUGAUCCAAGUCACGAACCAUAUCCUAAUAUUGUUUCUAUAAUGACAGGAUAUAAUAUUCUUAAAGGAAAUCCGUUUACAACAACUCAAUCUGUUGAUCCAGGCUUUUCUACAGGUUACAUCUUUGCUCCUAUUGCUAGAACUGCAGAUGGAACUUAUGCACUAGACAGUGGAAUUACCGUCCGUCAGACUUUGCAGUGUAGCCUGACAUCUAGUUCGGAAACAAUAACCACUCUUGAAAAUUAUGUCAAAAAAGUUCAAUCAAAAUCUUCAGAGGGGGGAACAUUCACUUCAAAUCUUGAGUUUGAGGUUACAGGAGAAGUCGAAAAGGGUGGCGUUAAAGGAUCGGUCAGUACAAAAAUUCCACCAUUGGUUCAGUCCUCGUUUUCAUCAAGUAAUGAUUACAAAAACAACAAAGACUUUUUUGAAAAAACAAAAGGUGUUAUGACAUUACGUGAUGCAACUUGUGCGACAUAUAGCGUUGUUGUAAGUUCAUAUAAACCACCACCAUUUAGCGAUGCCUUUAAAGAUGCAUUAAAAGAACUAAAUGAUGUGACAAACAAACAAAAAAAAGGAAGAAAACGAGCUUUUAAAAAAUUUGUGCGAGAAUUUGGUACACAUUUUCUUGAACAGGCAACAAUGGGUGCUCGAACUGCUGUUACCAGACGAUAUACUCAGAAAGAAUUUAGACAUAGUACAGAUGAACAAAUACAAAAAUGCAGUGAACAACGUUUGCUAGUAACAAUUGCUGGAGUUGGUGUUGGUAAAUCAUCUGAGAGUUGCAAUAACAUCGAUAUGUCAUCAAACAAUUAUAAUUUUAAUGGAGCUGAAAGAGAGUCUGUAACGUCUUACGGGUCUAAACCAGCAGAAAAUCUAUAUGAAUGGUCAAAACAAAAGUUUGAAUCUCCGUUACCAAUUGCAAUGAAACUUAGUCCUAUAAUUAAUCUUUUCAGCAAAAACUACAUGAAAAAUCUUCCUGAUAUAAAAUACAAAGAAAUAUUGAAAUAUUUUAUUCCACUUUAUUAUAAUUAUUGCAAAAAUGAAAAAGAAUCGUUGGGUAUAGAAGAAUGCAGUUUAACAAAUAAGAAAAAAUGCGGAAUUAAUGACAACUGCGUUCCACGAAAACAAGCUUGCAUUGAUAUUGCAAACCAAAACAACUUUACAUGUUGUAAUUUAAAGUGUGCAAGCAAACCUUGUAAAAACAAUGGAUUCUGUGAGGAUAUUAUUGAUACAGACUGUAACUUUCGAUGCGAUUGUACAAAUGGGUGGAGUGGACCAACUUGUGAAGCUAGUAUUGUUAAAUUUGACGACUUGUCUAAAGAUAUAGAAAAACAAUUGGAAGAAAAAAAAGAUUUAAAUAAUGAUAAUUUUGUUAAGUAUCUUUACAAUUAUUUAACAGAAAAGUAUAAAGGUUAUACUUUUAUUGUAAAUGCCUUCAAAGAGUACGAUGUUUCAGAAAACUCAAGACAUGCUGCUAUAGGUAAUUUUGUUCACUUUUAUAAAAAACAUGGACGAAAUCUUGUUGUUGGAUGGGCAAAUAUCAACUCUAAGAUUCCAUCGGAGGCUGUCGUAGAAAAAAUUAAAAGUGAUCUUCAUAAAUAUGUUGACAACUAUAAUAGUAACGCAUAUAAAAGUGUGUAUAAAGCAUGGAAUGACUAUACCGCCGCUUAUCCUAGUUACCCUAUCGUAUUUAUGCUAGUUGUUCGACAUGGUGGUGGUCUCCGAACAAUGUAUGAUUUUAAUAAGAAAAACGGUGUUUUCUUAGAGUUUAAAGUUAAGUAUUGGAAUGGAAUCGAUGUUUCAAACCUUGUUGCUUUCUUCGGAAACAUGAUUUAAUCAAGAAUCAAAUUAUUCUACGUUUUUUUUUUUACUUCUAUAAAAUGUAAAAACGAAAUAUUUUUAAAAUUACGUUAUUUUUA